UGGUUUGCAUGCUUACAUUUUUCCUCUCAAAGCAGGCUUGCCUUCAAAAAGGAGGAGCAUAACAUAAUUGAAAGACUCAGCAUGUAAACUGUCAGCAUAUACUGAACAUCUGGUGAAAAGUACUUUCUGGUAACUUAUAGGUCUUGUAAAGAGGAUAUGCAUGAGGUUGUCAUAGGCUUAUAGCUGUUGUGAAAUCAAUUCCUUGUGCAGCGGUACUGGAUUAUAUUUGUAAACAAUGUCUUCUGAACCAGGCAGCAGCGUCUGUCCAAAGUUGUCUAGAUCUUGUACAGCAGGUGCCACAACCAGACUAUUUGAGGCGAAUGUACGCAAUGAAGCAGCUCAGGGAAUAAAUGGAAGUGUGCCAGUCAAACAGUCCCCACGUUCAGCUUCAAAUCCAAAGCCACAAGUGCCUCCAAAGCCACUUCAUCUACAGAAGGUAUCACCUGUUACAUACCAAACCCCUAGGCAUAAAGCUUUAUCAAACCAGAAACCAAGGAUGGAGGAAGAGGCACCCACCCCUGUUUCUGGUGUCCCCAAGGAAAAGCCCAGUAAAGUGUCAGAUCUCAUCAAUCGUUUUGAGGGAGGCAGCCCGAUAAAUCCCAGUGAUUUGAAGAAAGAUCCCUCUGUUCUCCAUAUUUCUAAAUCUCAAGGAAGAUAUGGGUCAACACCAUCACCUCAGCCAAAACUCCCCUCCCAGCACUCACUACAAAAACAGGGAAACAGUAAUAACGACAAAACUCAGGUUGUACAGCUACACACAGCCAACGGAGUAGUAGCACAAGACCAGGCAGAAGAUGAGGACAGGAGAUCACCAGACCGUGACUCUGCUGUGUCCACCCCAGUUCCAGAUAAUGCCGUUGACAGCAGCUUGAUAAAUGGAGAAGGAGAAAGUACUUCAGGAGAGUCAUUGCAGAGUGUAACUGCCUAUGAAGGACAGAUGCUUAACAGCAGCUACAGGACUUCAAGCAGUGAUACACUGCUUCCAUCUGAAAAUGAAACUCAAGAAACAAUGGAAAUUAAUACUAGCAUGAAGGAAGAACCAAGUGAGGAAAUCAGUAAGCAAGAGCAACUUGUAGAAACAAAGGAGACAGACGAACAGAAACGCCACAAAAUUGCCAAUGAACUUCUGCAAACAGAAAAAGCCUACGUUAGCCGACUUGACCUCCUAGACGGGGUAUUCUAUUCCAGACUCCUUGAGGAAGCAAACAGAGGUUCAUUUCCAGCUGAAGUGAUUAACAAAAUAUUUUCUAAUAUUUCAUCGAUAAAUGCUUUCCACAGUAAAUUCUUACUUCCAGAACUUGAGAAAAGAAUGCAAGAAUGGACUGCCACCCCUAGAAUUGGAGAUAUUCUGCAAAAGUUAGCUCCUUUCCUCAAGAUGUAUGGAGAGUAUGUGAAGAAUUUUGAUAAUGCAAUGGAGCUGGUGAAAACGUGGACUGAACGGUCACCUCAAUUCAAAUUCAUUAUUCAAGACAUCCAGAAGGAAAAAGUGUGUGGAAAUUUGACAUUGCAACAUCACAUGCUAGAACCAGUACAACGCAUUCCACGCUACGAGAUGCUUCUAAAGGACUACCUAAGGAAAUUGCCUCAGGAUUCCCUAGACUGGAAAGAUGCUGAAAAAUCCCUGGAAAUUAUAUCCACUGCAGCAAGUCACUCUAAUAGUGCAAUAAGAAAAAUGGAGAAUCUAAAGAAAUUGUUAGAGAUAUACGAGAUGCUGGGGGAAGAGGAAGACAUAGUGAACCCUUCAAAUGAACUGAUAAAAGAAGGACAGAUCCUGAAACUUGCUGCUCGCAAUACCUCUGCUCAAGAGCGGUAUCUUUUCCUGUUUAACAACAUGUUGCUCUACUGCGUCCCCAAAUUCAGCCUGGUAGGAUCAAAGUUCUCAGUUCGAACCAGGGUUGGCAUAGAUGGUAUGAAGAUAAUAGAAACUCAUAAUGAAGAAUAUCCACACACCUUUCAAGUGUCUGGAAAAGAGAGAACGCUGGAGUUGCAGGCCAGUUCUGAACAAGAUAAAGAAGAAUGGAUAAAGGCACUUCAGAAUACUAUAGAAGCUUUCCACCAGAGGAAUGAAACUUUCAGAAAUGCUAUUGCUAAAGAAUAUGAAGAUAUACCUGUUGAAGUUUCGAAUGCUGAGCUUGGGAAGAGAGCACCUCGCUGGAUACGAGACAAUGAAGUAACCAUGUGCAUGAAAUGCAAGGAGCCCUUUAACGCACUGACAAGGAGGAGGCAUCACUGCCGAGCAUGUGGACAUGUGGUUUGCUGGAAAUGUUCUGAUUACAAGGCACAUCUCGAAUACGACGGCAAUAAAUUGAACAAAGUCUGUAAGGAUUGCUAUCAUGUUAUAAUUGGUUGUACAGACAGUGAAGAAAAGAAGAAGAAAGGCAUCUUGGAGAUUGAAUCUGCAGAAGUCUCUGGAAACAGUGUCAUAUGUAGCUUUCUUCAGUACAUGGAAAAAUCAAAGCCCUGGCAGAAAGCAUGGUGUGUCAUACCUAAACAGGAAGCUCUUGUACUGUACAUGUAUGGUGCUCCACAGGAUGUUAAAGCUCUAGCUACAAUUCCACUUCUGGGCUAUACAGUUGAUGACACUCCAAGAAGUGCUGACCUCCCACACAGCUUCAAACUGACCCAGUCGAAGUCUGUGCACAGCUUUGCUGCAGACAAUGAAGAACUGAAACAGAAAUGGCUAAAAGUUAUCCAUUUAGCUGUCAAAGGUGAGACACCAGAAUGUCAAAAUGAACUGCAAGGGAAUUUAGAAGAGCAACCUGAAUCUUCUAAAACAUCUGAAUGCUGAAGCUCUAGAACAUCUGAUAUUUUAAAAAAAAGAUGUUUCAUCUGAAUUUGUGGUUAACCUUUGUGUUAACCUUUCUUUACUCAAUCAAGAGAAACAAACAAAACAACGUAAACAAACCUUCUUACUACCAUACACUUCUUAGCACUUUAUGUUUGGGAAAAAUUCUGGUCUUUUAGGGAUCUAUUUCUUAUAUUUAUGUUCUGUCAAUAAAAAGUGAUGUACAGGUCCAUUUCAGAGACUUCUGAACAAAUGUGAAUGCUGUUAAAAAUACUUACUAACGUUACUGUAUUACUUGUUUAUUGUGAUGCAACUUUUCUUUUUAAUCCAGUUGCUCUUCAAGUUAUUGUUUGCUACUUAAGAAUGCAAAUAUUGAAGCUUCCUACUUACACGUUAAGACUUGCAACAAGAUAAAAGAUAUACCUCCACGUUGCCAAAAUAUAUCUGUUGUGAAUUACGCAGGGACAGUUUGGUUUAAUGGAUGUAGUUUAUAGCUGGAAUUCCACAGAUCUGUACACAAGUCGUGUUCACCUGUCUCUUUUUAAUUACUGCAAAUUGCUCUCACAGUUAUAUUGGCUUUUAAACUUUCAAUUUAUCGACAAACACCAUAUAAUGGUUUUCCAAUCUAGAAAUGAACACCUAAAAUCCAAGAAAACAAUAUAUAUGUACAGUGUUAAAAAUGUAUGAUACUUGAUUUUUUGCUUUGAUUUCAUGCUACUGGGUUCCUCUUAGCGAGUAAUUUAUUUUAAAAGCAUGUUUUCUAUUUGAAAUUAAACACAGUCCUAAAUUAACAAAUAACUGUUCAGUGAUUUGUUUUGAUAGCUGACAUUUAUUGAUGAUGGUAUUUUUAGGCAUUAAAAAAAACCAAGCAGUAACAUAAAUGGCAUGCAGUGGACAAGUAAGUUCCAGUUGUGUUUGAAAGAGUAGUCUUUUUUAUUUUUCCAGUGUCCUAUCCCUGCUAUCUCUGAGAGUGCCGUAGUUGAUUACUAAAAUGCAGUACAUGGUUUGGAAAAGCAACAGAUUCUAGUAACCUUCUGGCAAUCUGUGGUUUUGCUAUUAUGGCUAUUGGAACAAAAUAACAUUUUGAAUUUAAAUCUUUUAAUUUUUGAGAAGAUUAGAUACUGUAAUGCUUAUUUAUGACAAUAAUCUUCAAGGAUUGUUGUAGUAAAGUGGAGUCUGCUUUAUACAAAUCCAGCGUGAGGUCUGAGCCUGCAAAUUUCAAGUUGCAUUGACUGAUGUCACUUGCAUUCAGCUUAUCAAAAUAAAGACUUGUUUGCUCUACAGUAUUAAAUCACUUAUGAACCUCUAUUUUUAUACAGACAGGCAAAUGACCUCCCUAAAUAUUUUUUUUUUUUUAGUAACAUCCUUGUAUAUGACAAAUUCAGAGGUAGUGAUUGACUAUCAAGUAGACAAUUAAAAUCAUGGCUAUCUUUCCUUUUCUGACCCCUCAAAGGAAGGAUAAUAUGUAGCUUCUACAAUCAACUUAAUCA